AUGCGAAAAAACCGUGUAAGUAGGGCAGAAGUGACGGCUACAUCGAAGGGCGGAGCGUUAAGGACCAAAAAGAAGAAGGGUUCGGAUGACAAUGGGAAAGGUAAAGCAGGGAAACCAAAGGUAGUUGGUAACAAACCGGAAAAGGUUCAGAAAGCCCGUAAGCGAGCAAAAAAGGAUGAAUUUCCAGGCAUAAGGACAAGAUCUGCACCAUUGCAGUUUUAUAAGUGUGUACGGGCAUUGACAGAACAACAACGUGACACAGUCAGGGAAAUGGGCUUUGGACGUUUGCUAACUUUCAGCGUUGAUGGUUUGCCGGCUAAGUUAGGUUAUUUUGUUGUGGACAAUUUUAAUCCAGAUAAGAUGGUGAUAUGUACGCCUGCCGGUGAUAUCAAGGUGAACAGGAAAGUGAUUCAUAAGUUAUUAGGGAUUCCGACUGGUGGACAAAAGUUUAGUUCGAUUGGUAAGCUGCCGAUGCUGACUGAUGCCAUUGCGGAUUGGAGGGCGAGAUACCCGGGGGCAAUGGUGCCUCCAACAAAGAUGGUGAAAAUGAUAGAUGAGUCCGAUGGCGAAGACAGUUUUGAUUUCAGGAUGGAUUUUGUAAUGUGUUUUGUGGCAGUGCUGGUUGAUUGUCAUAAACAAAGUUGUUUACGGGAAGAAAUCUUGGAGUAUCUGGAUGAAGAAAUGGACUUUGCAACAAUAGACUGGUGUGACCUUGUUGUAGAAAAGCUGAGAACUUGCAAGGAUACCUGGAAUCGGCUUGACCCACAAAGUUUCUUCGUCGGUCCUCUAGCGAUUCUGAUGUUGUUGUACGUUGAUAGCAUUGAGUGCACGGGGAUGGAGGUAGACAGUGCGGUGUGUCCUUUAGCUUUUUGGAACUUGAAAAGAUUGAGAGAGAGAGAAAGGCUUGAAAUCCUUGCUGGUGGGUUUGGAACAGGACGGUUUAAAGGAUUAACACGUCCCAGAAACUAUAACAUGGAACACUGGGCAACUAAAGAGGUAAAUAUGAAAAAUGUUGAAAAACUAUUCUCAACAGGAGAGGUUGACGAUAGUACGACAGUUAAUAUACGUGACAAAGAAGAACAAAGUCAACAUUGA